CUCACCGCUACCUAAACAAAUUUCCCAUUUUUUAAGAGUCAUCACGGACUGUGGAUAUGUGCUUUUACUAGACCUAGACAGCCGUCACAUCAUCAUUUUCCCUUGGAAGCACCAGAACACUGACAUCGGACUUACAAAUUGUUAAUUCCGCUGCCCACAAUGGACCCCACUGAAGCAGAGCUCGAGUCUUUCCGCCAGAAAUGGCGAGAGGAGGUCUCGGCAAAGACAAAGGGAAAAGCCCCAGCUCCCACGACUGCUCUGAAGACUUCUCAGGCUUCUUCAAGCAAAGCUCCCGCAGUGAAUGGCAAUGCCCCCCAGGCACAUCUUCCCCAACGUCAUCACAACGUAGAAGAGCUGGAUGAAGUAGAACCCCAUACCUACCAAGAUCUUGGCAAAAAACUGCAUGGAAAAAGACUGGAUGAAACUAGUCCUUCUCCUGCGAGCUCCACCAAAGAGCCUAGCUCUGCCCUAGAGCACUAUGAAAGAGCGGUGGAGAAAGAAAGCCAGGGCAGUUUGGGCGAUAGUGUGAACCUAUACCGAAAGGCAUUUAGGCUCGACUCCAAAGUCCACGAAACAUACAAAAACAAACACUUCCCAGCAUCCUCUUACCAGUCACACAAGUCCAAACCACAAGCCAUCAACCCGUCAAACGCGUCCGUCACAGUCCCCAAUACCGCCCACCACUCCCUACAAGGCCUCCCGCCCCCCUUGCAGACCCUGAUCAAUGAAUUUAGCAACCUUUCCAUCCAAGGCGAAGCCGCCCCUACGGAUCUCUCCCCGCCACCUCCAUGUCCAAUUUCUACCAUUCCUGAGGAGAUGCUCGUCGAGAUCUUAAUCCAACUGGCCAUCCAAGAUGUGUCCUCCUUCGUCCGCUUAGCUAGCGUCUGCAAACGCCUCGCCUACUUGGUAACGACCGAAGAGCGCGUCUGGAAGCGCAUUUGCCUCGGCCAAGAGUUCGGGUUUGGCGCCAUGCACUACACCUUCGCAUGCCAAAUUGACGGAAAGCCCCUUGGUGACGACGGCGAAGGAGGCUACAUCCUCGGAUCCAACCCCAUCCCUGACUCUGACCCUGAAGAAGUCCCCGAACAAUGUCCAACACCCGAUCUAGCAUCCCUAACCACCCUCCUAGUCCCCACCCUCUACCCCACCUUCCGCACCCUCUUCCGCCUGCGCCCCCGCAUCCGCUUCAACGGCUGCUAUAUCUCCACCGUCAACUACACACGUCCCGGUGCCUCCUCCGUUACCUCUAUCUCCUGGAAUUCGCCCAUUCAUAUCGUAACAUACUACCGCUACCUGCGCUUCCUGCGCGACGGGACCUGCAUUUCGUUGCUUACGACCGCAGAACCGGCUGAUGUGGUGCCGUGGCUGCAUUUAGAGUAUGUGCAUAAGAAUCAUGGCAAUCUGCCGAGUGCGCCAAUGAAAGAUGCACUCCUCGGAAGGUGGAGGAUUAGUGGUCCUGCCGCACCAUCGCCCUCUGCCCCCGGAGGUGGAGAGGCGGCAGGUGGGGAGGAAGCAGAGAAGGAAGGAACCCUCCACAUCGAAACCGCCGGUGUGGCGCCCAAGUAUCUCUACAAGAUGGUGUUGGGAAUCGGGACAGCCGGGCGCGGAGCCAAGAAUAACAAACUCGUGUGGCAGGGGUAUUGGAGUUAUAAUCGAUUGACAGAUGAUUGGGCGGAGUUCGGGUUGAAGAAUGAUAGGGCGUAUUAUUGGAGUCGGGUUAGGAGCUAUGGAUUGGGGUUUGAAGUGGGGGCGAGUGGAGGUGAUUGAAUGGGAUGCGGGUAAUGUGAGUUGAGGAUGGACGAGGUAUGCAUGAGUGUGGGUGGAGCAACUCGGUACGGCUGUACUACCUUACGGGUACGGUGGUGUUCUGACUGAGUUUUGUUCGCAUUAUGUCAGACCAUAUGACCAGUGCAAUGACAGCACGGCAUGUCUAUAAUGUGGUAUACAUGCUCUCCUUGAGCUACCAAUCUACCAAACCCUCUACCGCCUAGGCAUACCCCUACCACGACCCCUUCCGAGCGCUCUCUGCGCAGCCCCGGGUGGUAACGGCCUGUUCGGCGCUUGCGGUUGCUGCGAUUCU